UCAAUCAACCGGUCGGCGCCCUUUGAUGUCGGGACUCCUCGCCUUGUCUUGGGCUCAAAUGAGCUGUUUGCUGUUGUAGUGAAACAUUAGUGUUCUACCAAGCAGCCAGCCGGGGGGAAACACGCCACAUCUCAACUUUUCUCUCUAUGUGGUGGGGCUUUCUCUACUUUGGAGGCGCCUCAAAGUGAGGAUAUUCACCAGGGAAGUCACUUCUUUUGAAUUUCUUUUGAACUUUAUUUAUUUUUUUCUCACGUAAAAGCAAAAGGUGCAGAGGUUGUUGUGGGGGGGUGAAAGUAGCAGUAGACAUGCCUCAGCUCAGCAGCGGCGGAGGAGACGACCUGGGAGCGAAUGAUGAGAUGAUAUCGUUCAAAGACGAAGGGGAGCAGGAGGAGAAAAUCCAGGAGAACGCGUUCACGGAGAGGGACCUGGCCGACCUGAAGUCCUCCCUGGUGAACGAGUCGGAAAUAAGCCAGAGAGAGGCGGUCAGACGGGGACAGCAGGGCGAGCACAGGGUCUUCCCGGACAAACACCGAGAGCAUCUCGACGGAGUGUCGAAGCAGCAAGAUGGAGGCAUGUACAAGACGCCGGCGUAUCCGAGCUACCCAUUCCUGAUGCUGCCAGACCCUUAUCUCCCCAACAGCUCAGUCUCUCCAUCUUCCAACAAAGUCUCAGUGGUGCAGCAGUCUCAUGGGAUGCACCCACUGACCUCCCUGCUGCCCUACAGCAACGAUCACUUCAGCCCGAGUCCUCCUCACCUGCCCACAGACAUGAGCCAGAAGACAGGCGUUCACAGGCAGUCCCAGGACCUCUCAGGGUACUACUCCCUCCCACCAGGUGGUGUCGGACAAAUCACUCCCUCCAUGAGCUGGUUUCCUCACUCUCUGAUGCUCGGCCCAUCAGGAGUGCAUCCUACAGGGAUCCCCCACCCAGCUAUAGUGCCCCCUUCAGGCAAACAGGAGCAUGAACAAUACGACAGAAGCAUGUACAUGAAGCCGCAGGUGGAGGUCAAGCGAGAGAAGGAGCCCAAGAAGCCGGUCAUCAAGAAGCCCCUGAACGCCUUCAUGCUCUACAUGAAGGAGAUGAGGGCGAAGGUCAUCGCCGAGUGCACGUUAAAGGAGAGCGCCGCCAUCAAUCAGAUUCUGGGCCGACGGUGGCACGCCCUGACCCGAGAGGAACAGGCCAAGUACUACGAGUUGGCCCGAAAAGAAAGACAGCUGCACAUGCAGCUCUACCCAACCUGGUCUGCUAGGGACAACUACGAGGCGGGCCUUAGCGGGGUCGCAGGGGAAAAGAAUAAAGCUGAUUGGGGCAAGAAGAAAAGGAGAAAAAGGGAGAAGCAGCAGGACUCCAACACAGACCCGGGCUCCCCUAAGAAGUGCCGGGCUCGCUUCGGCCUCAACCAACAAACGGACUGGUGCGGUCCUUGCAGGAGGAAAAAGAAGUGCAUUCGCUACCUUCAAGGAGGAGGCUGCCCCAGCCCAGCUUCUUCAGAUCUAAGUGCUAUAGACUCUCCCCCCUCCCCUUCUCCUGCACGCCACCGCCUGUACCAGCGGCCCCCCUCCCCGGGCUGCUCCCCGCCGCCCACCUCCCCGCCGACGCGCCUCCGCUUUUCUCCGCACACCCGCUCGCACGCACGCUUCGCCCCGGAGCAGCCCGCCGGCAAGCGGGCGGCGGACCUCGGCCCGCCCGCGGCCAGACGCGCUCACACACACCUGGAACUGUCCGGCAAGCAGACGCUCUGCUCCACGGUGCUGUCCGCCGCCAAGGUGGCAGGACUGUCGCUCAAAGUGCUGACAGAGACUCACUGAUGGUUCACGUGGCUCCCGCCGCUCGCCUCAGCCUCCUGUCCUCCUCCUCCUCACCUGCCUUCAUUCUCACAUGGAACAGUGUCGCUGCUGCAUUUUAACACUUCCUCAAGCAAAACCCUCGGUCCUCCCCGAACACAUAAAUGUUUUCAUCACAUUUUUACCAGGUUGUUGUUUUUAGAAGACCUGCAGGUUCACUAAAGCUGAAUCCAGCAGCACCAAAGUCUGCAAAAACUGUCCACCUAACCAARUUUUAAAAUCUUAUUUCAGCCAAAAAAUUAUUUUUGAUCUUGUUUUGAG